AUGGAUCAUCACUACACUGGAACCAAGACAGUCUCUGGGGCUCUUCACAAAGUGAACAAAGAAUUCAAGAAAGUCAGCAAGUCGUUAACUAGUGAUGAUACCUUCCGAAGCUUUAUGGAUAAAACCACAAGCGCUCUCACCUUUGAUGGCGUGAAGAAGGCUAUUCUCAAAGCAACAAGUUUCGAGCAUGGUCCUCCAAAAGAAAAACAUGUCCAGACUCUGAUACAGGAGUGCCAAUAUAACAAUUCCCCGGAAUUGCUUCAGGAGCUUGCCGGCAGAUUGCAUAACAAAGAUGCCACGGUGACCUCUGAGUUGGGUGGUUUCAAGAACCCUGAAUUUCUGGUAUUUGUUCAACAAGGCUCUCCAUGCACGUGGAAGUGUAAAUCGAUUGCAGAUCUGCCAACAUGUACAAGGCCUGUUACUCCCUGCGAAAUGAGAAUGGUUCGGCACUAUGCUUUGUACUUGGAAGAAAAGAUCCACGCUUUUAAGAAAACCAGAUUUGACUACGAGCGUCUUUCCACGGAGCAGUUGAUCAUCGAUGUAGAAGCCAUGAUGCUUCUUCUGGAUGCCGGCUAUAGCUGCUCGUUCCGUGAAAAUUCCGUAGUCCACCCUACAUCCAUCGCAGCAUUUUCGAUUGUGUUCAAGGAUGUGAGGGUUCUCUAUCAGAGCCUGAACAAAGCUAUUCUCCGUCUUCUUGACAACUACUUUGAGUUACCGAAGGCGAUUGCGGAGAAAAUUUUGACUCUGUACAAGAUGUUUCUGGACCACAACAAGAAGAUCAGCAAUGUCUUCGAUGAUGCUCGAGAAUUGCUUGGACAUGAAAAAGUCGAGCUGAGCGUUCCUCCUGAAUCAUUCCUGGAGUCUUUGGAGAAGUACUUGGAGAACGACGACUUCACGCCUUCGCAAAAAGACAGGGCUGUCUUGGAGAUUAUCCAGCUUGAAGAUCUUAUCGGAGAAGUGGGAAACCUGAAUGUUGACAACGGAGGAACCAAGAAGGACGUUCUCGAAGACAUUUUUGGAAGUCCAUCGAGUGCUCCACAGAUGUCACCUCCCUUACAAUCUACAAACAUGGGGGCCUCCGGAAUGCCUGCUGCAUCGAUGCAGAGCAACUUCGGACAGAACGCCAUGACAUCCUUCAGCCCGAGUGAUCCAUUCGGUUCUGGACCGGCUCAGAGCCUUCUUGACAUGCCGAGUGGAAACAAUGACUUCGGGGCGAAUCCGUUCUCAGACAACCAAAAUCCAUUCGCCUCAAACCAGAACGAUGCUAGUGGAUUGUUUGGAAACAGCAUGCCGGCGGCGUCAAAUUUUGGUAUGAUGGGGAACAACAUGGGUAUGGGUUCAAGUGCGACUUACUCUAAUGCUAACAUGAAUAUGAAUUCUAACAUGGGAAUGAAUACUGGUAUGGGCAUGAGCGGUAACAUGGGCAUGGGAAUGGGCAUGAGCAACAUGGGCGGCAACAUGGGCAUGAAUCAAGGAAUGGGAAUGAAUCAGGCCAUGAGCAUGAAUCAAGGAAUGGGCAUGGGUAUGAAUAGCGGGAUGGGCAUGGGGAUGGGCAUGGGUAUGAACAAUGGCAUGGGUAUGGGAAUGAAUAGCGGGAUGGGCAUGGGCAUGGGCAUGGGCAUGGGUGGCGGCAAUAUGGGCAUGGGCAUGGGAGGCAAUGCAGGAGCCAGCAUGAUGAACUCCGGCAUGGGAAUGAUGAAUCAAGGAGUCCAAGGCAACAUGGGCAUGAACCAAGGCAUGGGUAUGGGCAUGGGAAACCUCGCAACGGUCUCUCCUAUGGGGCUGCAAGGAGGAAAUUCGAUGCAGUCACGGCCCAAGCUAGGCCCCAGACCCGGAGAGACUAUGCCGACCCCCGAGGUGUCGAGUGACAGUCUGGGCGGGCUGGGUGAACUCGUUGGAGGGAUGAUGAACUCAGCCAAGACACAGAAGAAGUGAAGCAGAAGUCGAUGAGCCUCCUAGCGGAGGGGACGAUCCUUUUUUCUUUCUUUUUCCUUUAUCGUUUCUUAAAGACUUGAACAUG